CCUGAAUUCUAAAAACAGAACGAUUGUUCCAUUAGUGACACUUAUAUUGGAUUAUUCUCGUGUAUACUGUAUAUGGUACAAAUGGUUCAAGUUUGGUUUACGACAAUAUAUAACAGUGAACUAUGGUUUAUGUGUAUGUUUGGAAAUACUAUACAUAGAUAUUUAAUUCUGGAUUUAUAAACAACUUCUGCAUGCAAGUGACACAUGAUUUAUGGAAUUCUGGAAUUCACUAAAAGAUCUAUAAAAUCAGAAAAGGACUUUAAAGGACUUUGUCUCAGAUUUUGGACAACCAAAAUAAGAAUGGAUCCCAGCCAUUGAUUUAUGCAGUUCAGUUAGGAAAUUAUGAUGCCUGUCGUACACUAGUUGAGCUUGGAGCAAAUUGUGACGUUCAGGAAUACGAAACGCAUAGAACCCCAAUACAGUACGCCCUCUACAAUAAGAGAUUGGAUAUUUUUAGUUUACUCUUAAAAUACAAAGCUCGUGUUGACCUACUUGAUUGCAAAGAAAAGUGUGUCUUGCAUAGGACGUGUCUCAUCCCGGAAGGAGAAUAUCUCCGUGAAAUCUUGAUUUAUAACAGGGCAGAUGAGAUGGCGGAAGUUAAAAAUGAUGAGGGAGCCACUCCUCUUAUGAUAGCCUGUCAAGGGGGAAAUGUCGACCAAGUUAAUACUCUAUUGGAAGAAAAGACUAGUCUCUUAGAUAUUGAUUCUACUGGUAAAACCUGCUUACAUUAUUGUGUGGAAAACAAGGACACCACUGUUGCUGAAAUUCUCCUUGAAGCAGACACAGACCAUAAACUAUUACAAAUUCAAGAUGAAGAAGGAUACAAUGCAGCUCAUAUGUGUGUCAUUGCGGGCAACAGUGAUCUCCUGAAAGUUUUGCUAAAAGAGGGCACUGAGAUAGAAUGUACUGAUAAAGAACAGCAUACUGCUGUACAUUGGGCAACAGUUUGUGGCCAAGAAGAGAUCAUAGAUAUACUAUGUGAGUAUGAUGCUGAACUCUCAAAGCCUGACAUCCAUCAUGCAUACCCCCUUCACUAUGCUGCCCAGAUGUGCGGAGAGGAGGAGGGAAAUGAUCCUGUUACGGGGUUAGCCAUCUUGAAAAAACUGCUUUCCAAGGACAUCACUAUAAAUGUAGAAGACAGUGAUCAGAGACAGCCACUGUUGUGGGCAGCUAGUGCUGGUAGUGGAGAUGCCUGUGCAGCUUUGGUGGAUUCAGGGGCUGAUGUCAAUGCAGCUGAUAAAGAUGGCCUCAAUGCUCUACAUUGUGCAGCAUCACGUGGCCACACCGCAUGUGUAGAAGCUCUAGUCAAGACUUGUAAGGCAGCAAUUGAUUGUGAUGACAAGAAUGGGUGUACUUCAUUGUUUUAUGCCAUCACAAUGGAUCACCUAGAAACAGCCAAAUUGUUGUUGGAGCUAGGUGCAUCACCCAAUCAUCGGGAUAAGAAAGGACGCAGUCCUGCUCAUUGUGCAGCAUCCAAAGGCAACCAAAGUGGAAUAAGUUUGAUCUCAGAGAAGGGUGGUGACAUCUGGUUGAAGAACUCUAAAGGGGAGUUACCCUUACACGAGGCCUCACAAGCUGGACAUAAAGCACUUGUCACUCAAAUUAUGUCUGAUGAAAAGCAGAGAGAGAAAAUGUUGGAUAAUCUCAACUCAAGUAACUCUGACGGGAGAACGUGUCUCCAUCUAGCGGCCAUGACCAACAAUUUAGAGCUUUGUAAAUUGUUUCUCGACAAUGGUGCAAAUGUUAAUGCUUUAAUGUUUUACAAGAAUAAAUAUUUGACACCGUAUGAUACAGCUGUUGUGAAAGGACAUAAAGAAUGUGCGGAAUACUUAAAAUCCCAUGGUGCAACAGCAGGAGUUAAAGUAGCCAAUCACAACGCAUCAAAAAUCCAGCGUCAGUUCCGUAAAAAUCAAAAGAAAGAGGAGCCACCGGAAGAACCACCAAAGACUCCCGAAGAUGAAAAGUCUGUUAUUGAAAGUGAAAAACAAAAUGAGGAAGAAAAUGUGAAUGUGAUAUUAGAGAAUGAAAAAGACAGUGAGGAUGAAAAAGAAGAAGAGGAGGAGGCAGAGAAGGAGGAAGAAGUAGAGGAGGAUAAUGUUGAAGAUAAUGAGGAAGAUAAAGACAUUGAUGAAACAACACCACGACAAAAGAAGAAACGGACCAAAUCGGGAAACCAAGACUCCCCAUUGGCUAGAAGUGUACGAAACAGUGUGAAAAUAUAUGAACAAACCAGAUCGACGAUUCAAAGUCUACAACGGUUAAAACGUAUGCAGAUCUACCUUGGUGGUCAGUUAACUGAGACGAUGCUUGUGCGGAAAUUCAGGGAGAGCGAGAAGCAACUACGGAAAUUGGCAACUGAAGAACAUGAUAUCACAAGUUCUAACCAAUGGGAGCAAUAUUUACUAGACCAAAUUAGCUUCCUGACGAAAGUUUCUCAUAGCGACCACCCAGAGUUCCGGAGUGUCAAGGCCAUGGCGAAGGAACAUAAAAAAGCAUUGGAGAUGGAUUGUGUAGACACAAGAUACAGAAUGAAACUUGAGGCAGAUAGGAUGUGUUUAGAGUUUAAAUUAGAGCAGGAGCGGGAAGAAGAAGAGCGCAAGAGGGCAGAACAAGAGUUUGAAGAUCACCAGCAAAGAAAUGAUCACAUGUACAACGAUCUCAACACCCGCACAAAUAUGCGCCUUUCCCAGGCCAAGGCAACAAACUCCCAGAUUGAAGAAACACUACAGAAGUCACGGCUUGAACGACGCAAGAAAAAUCAGGGUGAUAUGGCAUAUGGGAAACAACAAAAGCGAUUAGCUAAAGCAUAUUGUCCGGGUGAACCUACAGAAGUUCUGGAUGAUAUAUUUAAGAAUGAACACAAUCACAGACGAUCAAAAACCGACCCUAGUUCUAAAAUUAACAGUAGUAGUAGUACCCAUUUACCAAAGAUAGAGGACUCUGAUCGUCCGCACACGUCACGGCGAAACAAGACGUACAGUGAUGGGCGGCCAAUGACUGCAAGCUCGAGCAGUUCAGAAGGGAAUGUCUCUGCAGCUCAGAUGAGGCAGCACACGGGUGUUAAGGUCCGACCGCAGUCUCGUCAACCACUUUUAGAUCAACGACAAAAGACAGACCUCCAGUUCCUUGAUCCUAAAGCUUAUAGAGAAAAGAAAAAGGAAGAACGGAAACUGUUGAAAAGUAGUAGUCCAAGAUCCGGUUGACCAUAACGAUAUAUAUACAGAGCUACAUGUACAAUGUGGACAAUAAAUACAACCAAACACCUCUUUUGGGUCACCCCUCUAAGAUGGAUAUACAGUGAAUCUCUAUACCAUGAACAGUUCUUUUUGAUCUAUUUGUUAUGUAAUGUGGAUAUAGAUAAAACACUGUCUGGAAUUUUUCCCAAAGGAUCAGCCUUCUACUGGUUGAGAACUUAAUAUAGUUGAAGGCCGGAAGUUAAAUCAUGAAGAAAUUGUGUGUACAGUAAAAGUACCAUCCUCCGAUCACAGGGCUUCAAAAUCCAGAA